UUGUGAUUAAAACUUGAACUGGUUGGGAACUAUAUUUUAUAUUUACCUCUUGACGAGUAAAUACAAAAACAUGUUACGUCGACAAUUAUCAUAUAGAUUUGAGGAUCAGGAUCAUUUUCACGAUUCUAGGAUGAUGCGACGGUUUUCUCGUGUGGAGUCUGGUGGAGACUUGAAGGAUUAUUUUGAUCGUGGCGACAUUGCAUCGCGUGAAAAUCGCUGGAACUUUGAAAUAGCAUGGGAAGUAGCAAACAAAGUUGGAGGUAUAUACACAGUCAUACGCUCCAAAGCAUAUGUUUCCACAGAGGAAAUGGGUGAACAAUUAUGCAUGAUGGGGCCGUAUAAAGAACACUGUGCACGCACAGAAAUGGAAGAGUUGGAAUUUCCGCGUGGCAAUCCUUUACUUGAAGCUGUCAAUACCAUGCGGUCACGUGGCUAUAAAGUGCAUACUGGUCGCUGGUUGGUAGAUGGUAAUCCACAAUUAAUUUUAUUUGAUAUUGGUUCAGGUGCUUGGAAGUUGGAUCAGUUUAAAUCUGAGCUUUGGGAGAAGAGUCACAUAGGUAUUCCGCAUUUAGAUAUUGAAACAAAUGAUGCUAUUAUACUUGGCUUUAUGAUUGCCGAGUUUUUAGAAGAAUUCCGAAAUCGUGCUGUGGAAUACUCUAAUAUAAAUGAAUUGCAAAGUCCACGCGUGGUAGCGCAUUUUCAUGAAUGGCAGGCUGGCGUCGGUCUUAUAGCAUUGCGUACACGUCAUGUAGAAGUGGCUACAGUUUUUACCACUCAUGCUACACUACUGGGACGAUAUUUGUGUGCAGGUAAUACUGAUUUUUACAAUAAUUUGGAUAAGUUUGCUGUUGAUGAAGAAGCCGGUAAACGACAAAUAUAUCAUCGCUACUGUUUGGAACGCGCUGCCACGCAUAUGAGUCAUGUUUUUACGACCGUAUCAGAGAUUACCGGUUUUGAGGCAGAACAUUUGCUCAAACGCAAACCUGAUAUUAUAACACCAAAUGGCUUGAAUGUCAAAAAGUUUUCAGCCAUCCAUGAGUUUCAAAAUUUGCAUGCCAUGGCUAAGGAAAAAAUUAAUGAAUUCGUACGUGGCCAUUUCUAUGGGCAUAUGGAUUUUGAUUUGGAUAAAACUCUUUACUUUUUCAUUGCUGGACGUUAUGAGUUUGGUAAUAAAGGUGCUGAUAUAUUUAUAGAAUCAUUAGCUCGUCUCAAUGCUAUGCUAAAGCAUGAGAAACCCGAUACCACUGUUGUGGCUUUCCUUAUAUUUCCCACAAAAACUAAUAAUUUUAAUGUUGAUUCAUUAAGAGGACAUGCUGUUGUCAAACAAUUGCGAGAUACCAUAAAUAAUGUUCAAAACUCUAUUGGAAAACGUAUGUUCGAUACUUGUUUGAAAGGUCAUAUACCCGGCUCAGAUGAAUUGCUUACAAAAGAUGAUUUAGUAAAAAUAAAACGUUGUAUGUAUGCAAUGCAAAGAGAUUCCAUGCCACCAGUCACUACACAUAAUAUUGUAGAAGAUUGGAAUGAUCCUGUUUUAAGCUCAAUACGUCGUUGCCAUUUAUUUAAUUCAGUUCAUGAUCGUGUUAAAAUGGUGUUCCAUCCAGAGUUCCUAACUUCAACUAAUCCAUUGUUCGGUAUUGACUAUGAAGAAUUUGUACGUGGUUGUCAUUUAGGUGUUUUCCCCUCUUACUACGAACCUUGGGGCUAUACACCAGCUGAGUGUACCGUCAUGGGUAUACCUAGUAUUACCACAAAUUUAUCAGGUUUCGGUUGCUUCAUGCAGGAACAUGUUGCCGAUCCUAAAUCUUAUGGUAUUUAUAUUGUUGAUCGACGCUACAUUGGCUUGGAGAAUAGUGUACAGCAAUUAUCUAAUUUCAUGAUGGAAUUUUCACGUUUAAAUCGACGUCAACGCAUUAUACAACGUAAUCGUACGGAACGUUUAAGCGAUCUGCUCGAUUGGAGAACAUUAGGCAUUUAUUACAGACAAGCAAGAGUGAAAGCGCUACAAUCAGUUUAUCCUGAUUAUAUUGAUGAGAGUACUCUAUAUGGUUCUAAAAGUAAUUUGAACUUUUCACGACCAUUUAGUGAGCCACCAAGUCCGACAUCUUCCAGGCAUACAACUCCAGCACCGUCGGUGCAUGGUUCUGAUGAUGAAGAUUCCGUUGAUGAUGAAACCGAACUUAAAGAAUUGGGCAUAAAAUAAUGUUCAGGAAUAUUGUCCUUAUAAUCGUUAUUACCACAAGUAAUAUAAUUGUUUAUAUAUAUAUAAAAAUUGAACAAAAAAAAUUGAAAUUCGUUAAAUUAGUGCAAAGUAGUUCAAAAUUAGAAAAAAGAUAAUUAUUAAAUGUUAAACAUUGCAGUUAAAUUUUAAAAUGUUUUAUAAAUAUUAUUAUCUAGAGCAAGAGAAACACUUUUUCAAUAUAAUUCCUAAAUUGAAAUUGUUAAAUUUUUAGUUCUUAAUUAGGCACUUUCAAUACUUGAAAACAACAACAAAAAUUGUUAAUAACUAUUGAACAUGUAAUAUUUAAAUGAAGUACAAUUACAAAAACAAAAUCAAAUUGCCAAUUAAAAUAAAAAUCAUCUGUAUUGACUAAAUUUAACAAUGUAUACUUUAAAGUAAGGCUGUGAACCGGUAAUCAAUUGAAGUCUUUUGAACCGGAAUCUUAUCCAUUUUGAACCGAUUCGACCAAUUAACCAAACUAUUGUUGUUUUA